AAUACAAAGUGAAAGAUUUGGCUCAUGUCUGAGUGGAAGAAGUACCCGAUAGUGUAUAAAGAUUUUAGCACUUUAAAUAUCAUUUCGGAAGAGCAAUUACAAUUGAUUUUGGAUAGUGUACCUCAACAAGAGCUUAGAAGCGAAGAAUGGGAAGAAACGGAGCUAAAUCAGAGUAAUGAAUACCCAUUUGAAGAUCCUACACCGUCUGUUCUUCGUUAUAUCAACUUGGAGAAACUAUACUGGAGAGAUACAGAUUGGAGGAUGAUAACUGACGAAAGACCUUCGACAGAGAAGGACGAAAGAUUUUUUAGCAGACUCGUCGAAUUGGAAAAAUUUCGGCUUUUUACAAAAGCUGUAGAAAUGAGAAGGAAGAAAAAGAUGGAAGACGAGUUAGAAGAAGGUGUUUUACAAAUUUCGGAGGUUUCUUAUAGGAGUUAUAGUAGGGAGUGUCUCGAGGACGAAGAGGUGGAUCAAUAUGAUGACGUAGAAGAUCAGAUUGAUGAUGGUCAACAUCUACAACCGAAAAAUAAAUCAAAAUGAUUUUUCUAAGAUGAGUUUUUAUUAAUAAAUUAUUAUACUUGAAAAUUAAGUAAAUCAAUUUUUAAUCAAAACUUUUAAUAUUUACUUAAAGGGUCCUAAAUUUUUUUAAAAUUUACAAACUAUAACGUAGUUUCUUAAUAUUUUAUUAGCUUGUGAUUCUCUUAAAGAGAGAAAAUAACGUUUCUUUGGGACCUCCUGGUUGAUAAGUAAUACCGUACAUAACGAACGAUUCAACAUAUCAAAAAUUUGAGAAAUUCUAAUUACAUUUUAUUUAAAAAGUUUUAUACAAAUUCGUUUAAAAUCACAAUGUAACUGGAACAAUUGUUCUGGUCUCCUUCAAUUAAUAAAAAUAACAUUUGGAUAAAAUAAUUGACACAUUAAAUUGCUA